CUGCUUCUGCACCGUGAUGUUUCUGUUCCAGGUUUUGCUGACUCAUAUACAGGAAAACAUGAUGCACAGACACAAUGCACUCUAACUCUUUUUUUCCCCCACUAACCUCGAAAGUUUCUGUAGCUCAUGCAAUAAAUGGCUGAGAAAGUAGGUUUAAUGCCAAGAGAUGAAGAGGAGAUCCAAAAUAACGGUGAUGAAGACCCACUUCAGAAUUGUGAUGCUGUUACAGCACCCUCCAGUAGCCCUGCCAGUCCUUUGCUAGCCAGUCUUCAUGAAGGCAAGGGAAGCUCAGCAGUGCCAGAAGAGUCAUCUGUUCUCUUUAGCCUGGCCGUGGCCCAGGAAAAAGCUCCUGUUGGACCAGAGAUCAUCAGUGGUGACAAGGCACAAAGCACGGUCUCUGGGUUCUCCGAGUAUCUUUCAACAGAUGUCAAUAUGUCAUUAGAUGGCUUGUCGCAUCCCAUGGCAGUCUGUAAGCUGGAGUCUGUGGACCUAACCUUCCCAGGCUCAGAAAGCCUCCGCUGGGACUGCAAUCAGAAUUCGGAAGAGUCACAGCUCCCAAGGGCUUCCAAUGAGUCUCAUGAGCUGCAAGCUGUUGCCGCCCCGCUAGUAAGCAAAUUUGGUUGCUGUCAUGCAGGGGGUCCCAAAACGCAGCACACCUGCAGUGACACAGAGGAUGAUACGGUCCCUUGUAGCCUGGGCCAAGCAAUUUGGAUGAAGACCACAAAAGUAACGGAGACCUUAGAAAACAGGAAAAAGGAGGAAAAGGAGAAGUAUCGGCUCCAGCUAGCUAUGUACCGAAGACUUCUGCUUUUGCGCUCCAUCAGAAGUUUGCAUAAGCAGCUGGAGCAGCAGCAGGCCAGAUUGCAGUAAUGCUAUGGUACAGUAAUAAAUACCAAGAAAGAAGUGUUGAAACACAUUUGCUCAACCUUGCCCUCACCCUCACCAUAGUCAUGUUGCUGCAUGCAGAAGUGAGCUUUGCAAUGCCACUGGAGCCGUCAGGAAGCUUUCAUGCCAUAGGGGUGGUACCCUUAAUAGCCAAGAGUAUGUGCCCAGAUGUACUGAGAGCAGAGAGGGAGCAACAGAAUACGAAGAAAGUGGAUUUAAAGUGUUGGCCCCUGAAUUUAUCUGGAGGAAUCUGUGCAAGAAGUUGGAUCCUAAUGCGUACUCAAGGCCUCAGGUUGAAAUAGGAUAUUUGCCAUAUACGUUUUAGAAAAGAGAAAACUGGGAACCUAGUCUGACACCUGAUCUGUAAAGAUGAUCAAAUGCCACAGCUGCUGCCUGCUGAAUAUGUUGUGUUGCACAUCUCCCUUGUGCUUUCAGCAGUAACAAAACUUGACUAGAAAUACGGUUUGGUUGUCCUCAAGAAUACCCAUAUUCCAGAAAGCUGGGGUAAGUGAAAACAGAGAAGUUCAGCCUUGGUGAACUGGUGAAGCGUGGGUUCCCCAUGGAUUUUGUGUCAGUGCUUCUCGCCGCUGUGGAUUUUCAGCACCUCUUGGACUUCAGAGCCCAUGGUUCAGACUGAGCACCAAGUCUCUCUCUCCUCUACCGAGCUGCCUGUUUUUCCACAAAAUUUCUAAGUCCAUCAUAUGUUUGUGAUCUCUAUCCUUCUAUAAAAAUGGAUGAAAGUGAAAUUAUUGCGGGAAGGUAGGACAGUCAAACACAUGUACAGAGAGAGUGCAAUUGCGUAAGCCUUAUUUCCUUAAGAAAGCAAGCUAAAAACAAAGACUUAAUAAUCUGGUAUUAUAUUGGAAACCCAGACUGGCAGUGCCAGGGGAAUGUUCAAGGUCUGCACAAUUAGUAAUCUGCUGCUAACUCCCAGUGGCGUUAGCGUCUGCAAAUCAAGCAUCAAGCAUUGUGCCUUACUGCUGUCAUUUAAUGGAAGUUGGUGACAAUUAGCACUUUUUAUCCAGGUGUAUUAGACACUUGGAAAACCCUAGAGCGCUGUUCCUAAAAUUGUAAGGUUAGGAUGCCUGCAGGGAAUUUGAUGUCAGUAAGCAACAAACAAAUCCAGGGAAAAUGAAAGAAAAAAGGUCUAACUUUUUUGUAUGCUUUCAAAGGGCAACAUUUAUAUCGUCCCUAUUACUGUAUCGCAAAUUGAGCAGAGCAAUGUGCUCUUUCAGAAUCUGAACC